AAAUCAAAAAUACAGAAAUUAGCAUAAAUUAGUAUAAUUUAGUACUUAACUUAGAACUAUCCAGUUAACGACUUUUGCCUUUUGCACUAUAAACAAAGUAUAAACUCUUUCUUUUUGUGCACUUUGUCCCGAAAAUGACACUUAAUCUAGUCGAACUAGCCAGGCAUGUCAUAACGGAGCGCAAUUGCCACUGCAGGCUCUUCAGAACAUACAGAGUUGUCAAACAUGGAGACCGAAGACGACAUCGAACAUUGGCAAAAGGUAUUGAAUCAAGUCUUAACGACACUAGCAGGUUCAUUGUCGAUAUGUGGAACAAUCAUAAUCUUCGUUACAUUCGCAUUAUGGGAAGACAUUCGUACAACUUCAAGAAAAAUCCUUGUUUUCAUUUCUAUCGGUGACCUUAUUACUGCAAUGGUCAGCGUUUCAGGCAUCUCGAUUGACUGGACUGGAAAAAAUUGGGAACCUUUCUGCAAAGUCCAAUCUUUCUUAAACAUUACUGGCAUUUUAAUAUCGUUCUUUUGGACUGUGUAUCUGUCUAUCUUUUUGUAUUUGUUUAUACGUGGAUUGCCCAGAGAAACGGAGAGAAAAAUCAUGUUUGUGUUUCAUGUCACUGCGUGGGGCAUACCUUUGAUUGUUGCUAUAUCUGCUGCAAGCGUCGGCAACGUUUUUGGUCAUAACGUUAUAUCCAAUGGUUGGUGUUGGAUUUCUCAGAAAGAUCUUUCAAGCCAUGGCCACUUGUUAUUAUUCUGGAUGUUUUUCGCCGGCAAGGGAUGGGAAAUUCUCGCAUAUAUUGCCAUCCCUAUAUUUUAUAUCAAAGCCAAGAUUGUUUUGAAACGAAAGAUGCAUGCGAAUUCCUCCACACCUAUCCUCACUACAGAAUCCUUAUUAGCAGCUCGUAAAGCUGACCGUAAAUUCUCUAUGAUACCUCUCAUUUUCAUCAUGCUGCGAAUGUGGGGAACUCUGCGAUUCUUCUUCUACAUUGCCUGUUUUCCUGAAUGUCAAAAUUCAGGACCAACAAAUCUUGACCCAAAAGUUGACUUCUGGCUCAAAGUUUUUCAUGGAAUUGGAGACAGUAGCCAAGGCUUUGCAAAUUUCUUAAUUUUUUGUUUAUUUACGGACAAGAUUCGCUGCAAAAUAAAGCUUUGGUGCUGCAGAGUUUGUCCAUGGGUAACAACUCGCAUUGCUGGCAACAAUUACAACAGUACUAAUGCUACCACUUUGGAUGAUUGUAGACCAUUUGUAAAUGGGACUAUUUCACAGUGACAUUUAUGACUUUUAGUAACAUAUCAAAACUUUCAGUCUUCAAAAUAAUGUUUUAGAAGUGUAUUUUUGUAGAAAAAAGGUGUGGAAACUAAGCGAAUGUAAAAAUAUGUAAACAUAAAAUUUUCAAAACUUGCAAAAAUCUUGUACAAUUUCUGCUAUUUAAAUGAAAAAUAAUAAAAUCUUUAAUGGCUGUUUAACCAAAUUGAUAUAUUGUUUUAUAAGGGAAAGAACAGAGGGGUGGAAAUGAAACAUGUAAUGUUGGGAUAUUCAAACUUUCUCAUCUUCGCUAUUCUUUAAAUAUUUUCAGAUAUGAGGUACGUCGAGUCACAUGUAGUGACGUAAUGUAUUUAUCCAAUGAAGGCAGCCCAAUCAUAAAUUUAAACGGCAGGUGACCCAGGAUCAGAUUGGAUGAGCUUUAUAUGUAAAAAAUAUGGCGCGUAUUUAGCGUUAAGAGACAUUUAUAUGAGCGUGCGUUAAUCAGGCCAUC